AUUGAAAGAUGACAGCACAAUCAACGUCACGGAUACGUUUCCAUGUUAUGUUCGUAGUCCGUGAUAAGUGAAUGUGUUUGCACUUUCAGUCGAAGGGCGUUGUUUUGUGUUAGUGUUUUAUUUUCGUAAUAUUUAUAAUAAUUCACACAUUAGUAGAUACAAAAUAGUUUAAAUACACCAAGGUUUUAGUUGUGAAUCGGUAAAGAGUACGACGGUGACAAGUUUCUCUUCCACGUCCGAUAGCACGAUGGAAAGCAUUAAACCGAAUAGAUCUCAAACCUCAAACAGACCAGGAUCAUCAAAAGAAAAAUUUAAAAAACAUUUUCAACCGAGAAGAGUGCCGUAUGUGACAGACCCGUUGAUAAUACCACGCAUAAAAAAGUAUAUGGAGGAACAUAAUUACUCGGGCACUGAUGUUAAUGUUGAUGAGAUGGUUGAUGAACUUCGAGAAUUAUACGCUGAGUAUGCCAGAAGAAAACGAGGUCCUUUUAAACAAGGUGUACGUAAUGCUUUUAAUCUAGUUUAUCAAACCUGGGGAAUGACAUCGGAUGUUAGCGACUGGGGAGUGACAUCUGAUAUGAGCGAUAUUUCGUCAGCAUCAGAUAGAGAUGGAGACCUGGAUGAGAUGGAAUAUAACAGACCAAAUGAUCAGAUGAUUGCUGUAUAUAUGCGACAAUCAGGACAUCAAAACAAGAGAAAGCGGUCUGGAAGUGAUGAAGGCGAGAAAGAAUUGAUAAACAUUAGCAGUGAUGAUGACAUGUCCAAGAAUGAAUAUGGUGAUUCAUCUGUACAAAAAUCACAGAAUGGCGCUGUAACCGCUGAUAAGGCAAAUAUUCCAGGUCUAGUCCCUCCCAAAAAUAAUGUGCAACCCAAGACUGUACCUAUGCACCCAUGUGUACCAACAUCAAGCGCAGUUGCAGCUCCGAAGAAGAAGAAGAAGUGGAAAGAUGUCGAGGCAAGAAAGCCAUCUGUGACCUUCAGAGAUUUUGGAGGCAGCUCCAAAGUUAUACAGGAAGUAUGUAAAUUGCUGAUACAUGUCCGUCACCCUGAAGUGUACAAACAGAUUGGGGUUACACCACCUCGAGGAUUUCUGCUCCAUGGACCACCAGGCUGUGGGAAGACUUUGCUAGCUCAUGCCAUUUCAGGGGAGCUAGGUGUACCAUUGAUGAAUGUGGCUGGGCCGGAAUUGGUUGCUGGUGUAUCGGGUGAAUCGGAAGAAAGAAUUCGUGAUUUAUUUGAUCAAGCCGCAGAAAAUGCGCCUUGCAUCUUGUUCUUGGACGAAGUUGAUGCCCUUGCACCAAAUCGACAUACAGCACAGAGAGAAAUGGAAAGAAGAAUUGUUGCACAGCUUUUGUCUUGUCUUGAUGAUUUGGGUCGAAAAGAGGGUGGUGAUCAUGUUGUUGUAAUUGGUGCCACAAAUCGGCCAGACUCAUUAGAUCCUGCAUUACGUCGAGCGGGCCGAUUUGACCGCGAAGUGUGUCUAGGAAUACCAGAUAAGGAUGCACGAGUUCAUAUUCUUCAGAUUCUUUGCAACAAGUUGAAACUUGCUCCAGAUUUCAACUAUGAGUACGUAGCAGUGAAUACACCAGGGUUUGUCGGAGCAGACUUAAUGGCAUUGACUCGGGAAGCAUCUAUGGUUGCAGUAAACAGGGUAUUUGCCAAUUUGAAGAAAGGCACCAGUAGAAGUGCAGAUAAAGUACAAAAUGUAAAGGAUGUAGUUGAAAUUGUAGGAGAAGACCCACUUCAGAAUGUUGAAAACAAUGCAAAUGAGGAAUCUUCAAGCAAGGAGUCUUCAAAUGAAGUGUCAUCAGACAUGGAACCUUCAAAUAAUGGAUCUUCAAACAAGGAACCUUCAAAUGAGGUGUCUUCAAACAAGAAAACUUCAAAGAAUGAGCCAGAAUUAUCAGCAGAAAGUGUUGUAAAUAAUGAAUCUUUCAGUAAUGAGAUACUAGACUUAACAGCGUGGUUGCAUGGUGAACAGUGUCCAUUAUCGGAUGAACAAUUAAAUGAACUUCAUGUUGACUUAGAAGAUUUUAAACAGGCUCUUAAGUGUGUCCAGCCUUCAGCUAAAAGAGAAGGUUUUGCUACAGUACCUGAUGUUACUUGGGAUGACGUUGGUUCCUUGAGGGAUAUCCGUGAAGAAUUGCAAAUGACAAUAUUGGCUCCUGUAAGACAUCCUGAACAGUUUGCUGAGUUGGGAAUUUCUGCUGCUUCAGGUGUAUUACUGUGUGGUCCACCAGGCUGUGGGAAGACACUUCUAGCUAAAGCUGUGGCUAACGAGGCGGGAAUCAACUUCAUUUCAGUCAAAGGUCCAGAACUCCUUAAUAUGUAUGUUGGUGAGAGUGAAAAAGCAGUGAGGCAGUGCUUUCAAAGAGCAAGGAACUCGGCACCGUGUGUAAUAUUUUUUGAUGAGUUGGAUGCCCUUUGUCCAAAGAGAUCAGAAUCUGGAGAGGGUGGAGCAAGCAUGCGUGUAGUGAACCAGAUGUUGACAGAGAUGGAUGGGAUUGAAAGUCGAAAAGGGGUGUUUCUGAUGGCUGCAAGUAAUCGGCCAGAGAUUGUUGAUCCGGCAGUACUGAGGCCAGGAAGACUGGACAAGAUCCUGUAUGUUGGCCUGCCGUCUGCACCUGACAGAGUGGAUAUUCUCAACGCACUAACAAAGAAUGGUACAAAACCUGUCCUAGACACAGAUGUCGACUUGAAAGCCCUUGGGGAAAGUCCAUAUUGCUCUGGUUACACUGGGGCAGAUUUAGCUGCUCUGGUUCGAGAAGCAGAAGCCCUUAAAGAAGUCAUUACUGCUUCAAAUACAACCACAAAGUUAGUUGUAUCUAAUAAGCACUUCUCAAAGGCACUAGAAAAGAUACGCCCAUCAGUUUCUGACAAGGAUCAGAAGCAUUACGAAAAGUUGCAAAAGUUAUACUCAUCUUUAUAAUCUUCAGCAUAAAGAAUAUUUUAACUCAUCUUUAUAAUCUUCAGCAUAAAGAAUAUUUUAACAUGCAGAAAGGGAAAGACUUGCUUUUUCCAGUUUACAUCAUUUUGGAUUGCUGUGUGUGAUGGCAUCAAAGAAUACAUUAUCAUCCUGAUACCUGAAUGGACGUGGUGAGAAUGGGUUCAAUUCCAGUAGUGGAAUGACUGGAUGAUUUUAAAUACACCAGAAAGAAGCCGGAUGUUGUGUUGUUGAAACGCAUGUUUCGGUAUAAUCUGUUGCAUCAUUAGUUUUAGAUACAGUGUUUUAUGCCAAUUGAAGUGAAUUUGAUUGAUAAUAUUUUUAUUGCUUCAUGGCAUUAGUAUUCAUAUGACAACACUAGUGUAAGAAAAUGUUUGCUGCAUCAGUGCUCAUUGUGUUGUAAGUUAUGUUGAUUAAAAUAUUUUUAACUCUGCA